GCCGAAUGCACUUUUUGUAUGUGUUGGUCCUUGCCCUGUGUCGGUGCUGUUGGUCCGGUUUACGUUCACUUCCUGCCAAUCCUUGAGUGGUCUCCACGCGUUUGCGGAGUGAAAAUCGGUUGGCGUAAUACACGAUGAUUACCUUCCGGGUGUCGAGCAGUGUGUACGCUUACGUGGCGUACCUUGUCCUGAUGGUGUACUUCCUGUGGCCGGGACGGUUCGCCAGCGUGUACGAGUACAUCGAGGGAGAGAACAUUUACGAUCAGCUGAUCCGCAAGACGACGAAAAACAUCUCUCAGAUGCGCAACGGUCUCCGGUGUGACUACAGUGAGGUUAUUGAGGAAAAUCUGUCCCUCUUCCGGCCCCCGUUCACGGAAGAGAUCAUCAACAACAAUGUGCGGCUCGGGGGCGAGUACUACCCCGAGGAGUGUCUACCGUCUAUGUCUACGGCCAUCAUUAUACCGUACCGGCAGCGCGAGCGCCAACUGAAUCAGUUCCUCAUCUACAUGCACAACUAUCUGCGACGGCAGCGGAUCCACUACCGGAUUUUCGUGAUCGAACAGUACGACCCGAAACCAUUCAACCGGGCGAAGCUUUUCAACAUCGGAGCACUGAUUGCCAUGAGCCUCGACUACCCAUGCCUGGUUCUGCAGGAUGUCGACCUGAUGCCAAUGAACCUGGGCCAUCUGUACGCGUGCUCGCGAAAACCGCGCCACAUGUGCUCGAGUUUGGACGUGUUCCGGUACAAUCUGCCGUAUCGCGGGCUGUUCGGUGGAGCGGUUGCGAUCGAGUCGAGCGUGUUCCUCAACAUUAACGGCAUGUCGAACAUGUUUAGCGGUUGGGGCGGCGAAGAUGACGAUCUGUACGCCCGGUUGCAAAACAAACAGAUCGAAAUCUGUCGCUUCAGCCCGGCCUACAGCCAGUACACGAUGCUGAAGCACCGGAAGGAGGCGCCGAACAAGGAUCGGCAUGCGUUCCUCAAAAACGGCAAGCUGCGCUUCCACACCGACGGCCUAAAUUCGCUGGUCUACAAGCAGGUUGGCCUGAAACUGCACAACCUCUUCACGCACGUCCUGGUGGAGACCUAGAUUCGGCUUGGCUUUUCGUGCCCUUCGGAUUUUCAGCGAAACUGAGUUUUAUCUUUUGAGUCAGAGGUCGCAACUGUAGGCGUUUUGCGUUGCACAGCUAGUAAGUGAGUAGAGAGUUCAGUAUUGUUCCGUGGCAUUAGCGCUUCGCUAUUGCUACGUAGUCGUUUUGUAGUCAAUUUUUACAGAUAAUUACACCAUCUUAAGUAGAGUCCCAUCGGGGUCCGAGUUGUACUUGAUUCGUUGCGUUCGGUUGCGUGACCUGGUCGUCGAAAAGGCGGUUCUGUUUAUGUUGCCAGCGCCAAGGUAUGGAACACGUCCCAGAGUCAGGAUUUUUAUCACGUGAAUAAGUAAACAAUGCCUUACGAGACAAAACGCGACAUUAACACGUAAACACACCAACACUACAUGAGCAAACAAUUAAACCAAAACUGUUAUAUCGCAAACUUUACAAUUAACAAACCACAAAUUAUUCACAAUUCGCUCCUAGGGUAGUCGCUGAGUGAAACAAUACCAAAAACCUGCAAUUAUGAUUAAGCGCUGCGCUACGACCCUCCGGUGCUGUGGCCCGGGGGCCACGGAACGGAGUUGGUUACAUUUGGCGAUCCGCAGUCCGCAGCACUAUCGGAAGGAGUAUGAUUAGAACGUUUUUUCUAUUUAUUCUCUUCUCUAGGGUAGUGGUAGGCCGUGCGGAGAACCCGCGCGGAAUAUGUCCCGCGCGGAAUCUAGAAUUUAAACUCUUUAACGCAUAGUAUGUAAGUAGGUACUAUUACAAUUGAAAUUGACCACACUGGCGUGGCGGGGAACAUGAGGUGACGCAGUGUGAAGAGAACUGCUCCCCACCACUAGCAUAUGCGUCCGAUGGACAUCAAAGGCGGACGAGUAAGCUUAUCAGAAUAGAGCUGUCUGAUUUUCGCUUUUGUCGAGUGCCGAAGAUCUUCGAGCUUCGAGCGGACGGAAUGCAACUACUUGAGCAAAACUACAAAAAACCGUUGCGUGAUAAUACCGGAGAACGGGUAGGAGCAAUUUUUAGGAACAGCAUUACGUUAAAUUUCAAAUAAUUACUAUUAAUACUAGCGGGCCGCCGAAGGGCGGCCGAUUUGACGACGGUGAACGGGCGUGUGUUUGGUGCGUUGCGAAAGAAGGUGUACUUGGCAAAUCUUAAUAAAUCAAA